AUGAGAAUUCUCAUAUCUCCUACAGAAAAAGUAAAGCAAGCUGUUGAUUUUGUUCUUGGUGGAGGGUUGGAUCCUGAUAUUACAUUGCAUAUGAGAAUGCUUAUGAACAGAUCUGUGAGAGCAUUACAAGCAGCAUUGGAUUGUACAAGAAAAGUGAUGCAGAAUGCACAAUUAGGUUCCAGACCUAGGUUGGUUUUAGUUUCAGACACACCCUCAUUGGUGGAGGAUGUGAAAUUAAAUUUUGAUAGUUUUGCAGAGGUUGUUCAUUUUGACUAUGAAAGUUAUGAUGGAGAAUUAAGUGGCCAAAACGGUUUGCAUAAUUUAAAUUUUAGGACAAAGGAUUGGGGACCCGCACCCAGAUGGGUUGCAUUUGUCGACUUUUUUCUCGCAUCACGUGCCAGGCAAGCGGUAAUUUCUGGUGCCCACAGACGUGUUGGGACAACCUACGUACAGUUGAUUGCUGCCUUAGCCGCUGCAAAUUCAGCCGAUAAUGUUGGUGGUAAUUCGAGUUUCUCAUUCUUCAGUAGUUUUCAGAGUACUCUAAUUUCGGAAGGAUUGAGUAAUCAAGUAGGUUGGGGGCAUAUUUGGAAUAGAUUUUCAGGUCCCUUAAGUUGUGGAAACCAAACGAAUCAAUGUGCUUACACACCGUUGUUACCUUCUGCGUGGUGGGAUGGUUUGUGGCAAUCGCCUAGUCUUCGGGAUAUCCGUAAAAUGGAAGCUUAUGGCAUUCGAUUAUCUGGAUUUGGUACAGUUGAUGAAAAUCAACUUCUUUCUUUUUGUAACACUAGGAAAGAAUUUCGGAAAUUCAUUACACUUGUAUAAAUGUAUUUUUUUUUCGAGUUUAAUGAAAAGUGACAUCAGGAUAUUC